UCAAAGCUUCUGUCCCGUGUGUUGUCUCCACUAUCAUCACCCUCCUGUUAUUUAUAGCUGGAUUAAUGGCCAGCAAAACUGUCCCUUACCAGAAAAGCUUCUCCCCUUCUCACUCUGCCUUCACUGGAUCCUGCUCUUCAGAACGGAUCAGAACAGACAAAUGUAGCCACCCACCUCUAGGAGGAAAACUGAGCUGCAGCCCUGGUGAAACAUAAAGUUUAUUUGACUAAAGUGACGCAAAAAUUCUUAAAGAGCUCUUUGGCAGCAGAUUAUCUGGAAAUCAGACCAUGUGAGGGGGACUGGUGUACAAAAACCUCACCAAGAUGCUGAGUUGCCCACAGACUGAGCUCCCGAGACUCUGAAGUAAAUGUGGGUGAAGGUUACUCGAGCUUGGGUAACUCCAAGGGAAGAGCUUCAAACCAACCCCAAAGAUGGUGUUUGUGCCUUCAAUCUGAUGGGCUUAAAUGUGGGAGAGGAAUUCUAAAAGUGCUGGGAAUAAAACUGAGGAAAGACAAGCCACAAAGGGACUCAGUGCUGCUGUCCAUCAUCAAGUGAUCAGAACAAAUCUGUGAAAAAAAAUGGAGAAAAAGGCAACAAGCAAUGAGACUGAGCCACUGACUUCCAAGAAAGAUGUCUCAGACUGUAACAAAGGAGAUGAUUGUAAAGAGAAUGGACUCCUUGUCAGGAACCCUAAAUCUGCCCUACGGCUUGUGGAGGAUGGCCACAAUAAAGUCCAUCCCAGCCAGGGAGAUAAAGGGGAGGCAGCUCAGAUCUCCAAUGGUUAUUCAGGAGUUCAGAGCUCUGUUCCCUGCAAUGGAAUGGGAGAGGUGGAAGAUGCCCAGAGUGCUGCCCCAGCAGCCACAACCACCACUACAACCACCACUUCCACCACCUGUGGAGUAGAAGGUCAGCAGCAGCUGAUGGAGUUGGAGGACAGAGAAACCUGGAGUAAAAAAAUUGACUUUCUCCUCUCUGUCAUUGGAUAUGCAGUGGAUCUGGGAAAUGUGUGGAGGUUUCCUUACAUAUGCUACCAAAAUGGUGGAGGAGCAUUCCUCAUCCCUUACACAAUUAUGGCCAUCUUUGGAGGGAUUCCUCUCUUCUAUAUGGAACUAGCACUAGGACAGUACCACAGGAAUGGGUGUAUUUCAAUUUGGAGAAAAAUAUGUCCUAUAUUCAAAGGAAUUGGCUUUGCCAUCUGCAUAAUAGAUCUUUACGUAGCCUCCUACUACAACACCAUCAUGGCUUGGGCCUUUUACUACCUCGUAUCCUCCUUCACGGCGGAGCUGCCAUGGACCAGCUGCACAAAUGCCUGGAACACAGACAACUGCACAAACUACUUCAGCAAGGACAAUGUCAGCUGGUCCCCACACUCCAUCUCUCCAGCAGAAGAAUUUUAUACCCGCCAAGUUCUACAGGUGCACAGGUCCAAUGGGCUGGAUGACCUGGGGGGCAUUAGCUGGCAACUGACCCUCUGUUUAUUGUUAAUCUUCACCAUUGUAUACUUCAGCAUCUGGAAAGGGGUCAAAACAUCUGGCAAGGUCGUAUGGGUGACUGCUACAUUCCCUUACAUCAUACUCUUCAUCCUGCUAGUGAGAGGUGCAACUUUGCCUGGUGCCUGGAGAGGUGUUGUCUACUACUUGAAACCUGACUGGCAGAAACUCCUGGCCACUGAGGUUUGGGUGGAUGCAGCAGCUCAGAUUUUUUUCUCCCUUGGUCCAGGUUUUGGAGUCCUAUUAGCUUAUGCCAGCUACAACAAGUUCCAUAACAACUGCUACCAAGAUGCUCUGGUUACCAGUACCGUGAACUGUGCCACUAGUUUUGUGUCUGGAUUUGUCAUUUUCACCGUGCUGGGCUACAUGGCUGAGAUGAGGAAUGAAGAUGUCUCAGAGGUUGCCAAAGACACUGGACCCAGCCUUCUCUUCAUUACAUAUGCUGAGGCCAUUGCAAACAUGCCUGCUUCCACCUUCUUUGCCAUCAUCUUUUUCCUGAUGUUACUCACACUGGGAUUAGACAGCACGUUUGCAGGACUAGAGGGAGUGAUUACUGCAGUCCUGGAUGAAUUCCCACAUGUCUGGAGCAAACGCAGGGAAUUGUUUGUCCUUGGUCUGAUCAUCAUUUGCUUUUUGGGGUCACUUGCAACCCUGACAUUUGGAGGAGCAUAUGUGGUAAAGCUGUUUGAAGAAUAUGCCACAGGUCCAGCUGUCCUGACAGUUGUGUUUCUAGAAGCAGUUGCUGUGGCCUGGUUCUAUGGUAUCAACCAAUUCUGCAAUGAUGUGAAAGAAAUGCUUGGCUUUACCCCGGGCUGGUACUGGCGAAUUUGCUGGGUAGCAAUUAGCCCCAUCUUCCUUCUGUUUGUCACUUGCAGCUUCCUAUCCAACCCUCCUGAGCUACGGCUUUUUGAUUAUAAUUAUCCCUACUGGACCACAGUAGUGGGUUACUGCAUAGGAACCUCUUCUAUCAUCUGCAUUCCCAUCUACAUGGUCUAUCGGUUGAUCAUCACUCCAGGAACACUUAAGGAGCGUAUUCUGAAAAGCAUUACUCCAGAAACAGCUACAGAAAUCCCAUUUGGAGACAUCCGCAUGAAUGCAGUAUAAGUUAACUGGAUUCCUGGGGGGACAGCAGGGGAGCAUGAAACAACUUUCCCCCCUCCUCACCCUCACCUAAGAAUUACAUUUCCAACUGAGACAACAAAUAGAGGAGUUUCCUGUGGAGAUGGCUUCACUGACAACAGGCAUUUGGAAACAUGAUGCCUCCAGCACAUUAAUCCAAGCAAUUCCAUGAAAUGGACUGUCCACUUCUAACCAGACUGAACUGACUCAGAACUAACCCUGUGAGAAUACCACUGCUCCACGUGGGGCCAUUUGAAAGUGUGUGUGAUUGCCAGGACAAGUGUCAGGUGUGACACUCCAGUGACACUCCUGUCACUCAGCUGUGACACUCCAGGAGUGUCAGGGGUAGGGUUAGGUGUAGAAUCCCCAGUCUGUGGCAGUAACUCCUGUACCUUCCUCAAUGUGAUCCUUCGUACUGGGCAGUGUCGCAUUCGCUUCUAAGGUCUCCCAAUUGCUUCAACUACAUUGGAAAAUACAAAAGUAUUUCUGAUAGCCAUAUAUUAUUCAAGUAAGAGAGGGGUUUAUCAACUAGGAAAAAAAAAAGCCAAAAAACUAGGAAAUUCUUCAAUCCCUCAGUUUGUAGUGGAGUGGAGAGAGGAAGAGGAAACAGCCCUGAGCACCACUAUAUAUGGCUCUGCAUAGAUCAGCACACUGGGGAGAAUUUCCUGCAUUUUGUAGAUAGUAACAGUUUCUAUUAAUUGUUUCUUGUACAACAAACACAGCAAAGGCAUUUUUUGUAAUGUCCUAGGCCUUACUUUCCUUUAGACCAAAUCAUGGGUUACCUGAUAAGUACCUAAGUUGCUAGCAGUCAUUAUACUGUUUAAAAGUCAGCCAAGAAGCCCUGAUAUUACUACGAGCCCUGCAACAGUCACAGUGUAAAACAGAGUCAUCAGCUUGAAUUUCUCAGUGGAAAAGAGAAUGAAGUGCUCAGAGUACAGAUGUACUGAGAGUGGUGAAAGAUUUUUAAAUUCUUUGAGGAUACAAAAAGCAAUGCUGCCAUGCAAAGUAAGUCACAGGAAAAAUAUUUUUAUAAAUAUAGUCCAGAAGAUCACACCUGAUCUGGGAUCUUUGCUCUCUUUGUUAGAAAACACAAAUCUGAGUCCUGUAUGGGAACAGGGAGCAAGGAAACCCUCUAGAAGUAGAUGAAAAAGUCUCUUCUUUUCCUGAAUAAUGCAAAAAGAAAAGACAUCCAUGUUUUCAUUCUAUUAAAAGCAGAAUUUGCAAGGCAGUUUAUUCCCUUUUUGUUUGGUUGCUUUUGUUAUAUGGCAUAUUGGUUUAAAGUUUUCUAAAUCUCCUUAUGAUAAGUUCAGUUUUUAGUAUCUCAGUUGAGUGGUUGAAAUACUGAGAGGUUGAAAUCAAUGAGAUUUUUAUUUAAUUUCAUUUUAUCAUUGGGUCUUCUUCUUUUUACAUAUCCAUUUGAAAACAUUUACAGUAACCAAUAUUUAUCAGGUAGCUCAAGAAACAGCCAUACAUUGAACAUUGUUUUUAUACAAAACCUAGAUAUAUUGAUACCAAGUGGGCUGGGCUGCAAUUAAAAGUGUUUUGAGGCAAACAAAUCCCUUCUCUUCAGCUCACCUUCUGCUUAUCCAGCCCAUGAAUGUAUCCUACCCUCUCUUCUGAACAGUGAAAAGGAAUGUAUGAAACUGGUAAAUUAGGACCAUAUUUGCCUUUUAAGAAAAGUGAAUGAAACUGGAGUUUUAGCUGUACAGAACCAAGCAUUCCCUCCCUCCAACUUGUACAAGAUGCAAUUGUAUUAAUUUAUGCAGCUGUUUAGUUACAAGUGUUGCAAGCUGAUUGUAAGUCAUCAGUAUGUGCCUUGUACUGUAAACUGUUAUUGUAAUAAAUUUAAUAUUCAUAAUCAAUCUGCAGAUGUCUCUUCUGCCUC